CAGGAUCUUUCUGUGACCAUUCUUCUACUUCUUCCAAUUUUUUUCUUUAAAUUCUUUAUUUUUAAUUAUUUAUGGAAAAAUUCAUCCUUAAUGCCGCUUCUAUGAAAAAGGCAUAUCUUAUAGUUAUAUUUUCAUUUUUGUCCACCAUACCAUUAGGCGGAUGGUUUUGCCUAUCCACUACCAUCAGGUGUUUGUAGAUUUGCUUGGGAUAAGUGAUGGUUCGACGGCAAGGAUAAAAUUCAAAAAGGUGAAAUGUUUAAGGAAACAGCGUGUCAAGAGUGAACUCACCGGUUGCCAAUCGAAAGGCAAUGUAAACCCCGUGUAGAAGGUCUGUUUCUCCGCAAGCCGCCCAGUUUGGUUCUAUUUCGAGGGUAGCAAAAUGCUUCUGACCUCAAGAGUCCUUUCCUCCCUCUCCCCAAAGCUCACGCCUUUCCUCUUCCUCAAAUCCCGCCCCUUUCCUACUGUCUCCCUCCGCCCUCUCUCCACCACCGCCACCCCUUACCCACUCUACUACGAGCUCAUCCGCCACCGCCCCGUUCGCCCCCCUCCCCGCCAUCACCCCCAGCCCGCUGCUGGUGGCGACCAACCGACCGCCGCCGCCGCCGACGACGACGACGAUGAUGAGAAGCUCAUGGACCGCUCCAAGCGGCGGUACUACCGGAAGCGGCGGCAGCGGAUGCUCGGCGGGUCCGACACCGACGAUGACGACGGCCGCCGGUCCCAAGGUGACGACUUUGUCGAGCUGAAGCCGGAGGUCGUCGACUUCCCGAGGCUUCAUGCCCGGGAGGAGGAGCUCUACUUCUAUGACACCUUUGCCUACCCCUGGGAGAAGGAGAAGCACUACCGGAUGGUUUACCAGCUGGAGAAGAAGUACUUCCCCGAACAUUCCCUCGAUAAGGCGUUUGUCGACCCAGGAACGGAGCCGGUGCAGGUGGCGGCGGACGGGGAGAGGAAGAAGGGGAGGAAGUCGAAGAAGAAGAAGAAGGACGAGGUUGAGGAGAGGGACGAGAAGGGUUUGGUGUUCUUUGACGAGGAGGUGAAGGAUAGGCCUGCUUCUGCCUCUUCGGUUGCUGAGCCGACUGCCCGGGAUGUGACAGAGAGGAAGGUGGAAGAGUUCUUCAAGUGUUUGAAGAAAGUCCCCAACGCCAGAGGGCAGAAACCUGUUGCAAAAGAGGUGGUGGAAGAUGGAGGAGAGCCAUAUCUGGUGAGUAGGAAGACGGAGCUUCCUCCGAGGUGGGAUGGACCAUCUGGUAUGGUCGUGCUGGUGGACAAACCUAAAGGAUGGACUUCAUUUACUGUUUGUGGGAAGCUGCGGCGGUUAGUCAAAGUGCAAAAGGUUGGGCAUGCUGGUACUCUUGACCCAAUGGCAACUGGUUUGUUGAUUGUUUGUGUUGGUAAAGCAACCAAAUUAGUGGACAGAUAUCAAGGCAUGAUCAAGGGUUAUAGUGGUGUUUUCAGGCUGGGUGAGGCUACUUCAACUUGGGAUGCUGAUUCACCGGUCAUCCAAAGAGAACCAUGGGAACACAUCAAAGAUGAGGAUAUAAAAAAGACUGCUGCAUCUUUCUUGGGAGAGAUAUGGCAAGUUCCUCCUAUGUUUUCUGCCAUUAAGGUAGGUGGUGAAAAGAUGUAUGACAAAGCAAGGAGAGGGGAGAUGAUUGAGCUGUCACCAAGACGCAUAUCAAUAUAUCAGUUUGAUAUUGAACGCAGCCUAGAUGACAGGCAAAAUUUGAUAUUCCGAGUCACUUGCUCAAAAGGGACAUAUAUUCGUUCCCUUUGUGCUGAUUUUGGGAAAGCUCUUGGCAGUUGUGCUCAUUUGACUGCCCUACGAAGAGAUUUGAUUGGGGAAUAUUCAGUUGAUGAUGCAUGGAAUUUUCAAGAAUUGCAAGAACAGAUUACAAAAGAAUAUCUCUAAGUGCUGCACAAUCUGCUCCUUCCUAAGUUUCUCCAGUUUCUUUAAGCUGCUGAGAGAAAGAUUUCAAUAUCCAGUCAAUUAUUAGUGAGUUAAUUGCAAGUCUCCUACAAUAGCUUUCAACUGUUGGCUGCAUUUAUUGGAACCUUUAAAUUGUCAUUUUAUGGUUGCCUUGCUAGGAAAGGAGAUAAAGAAUUAAUGCCUUGAAGCAGUUAUAGUUUGGACACCAUUACUGGAAAGCUAGGAGAUAUCCACUUAAAAUAGCAAAUUUUUUGAUCCAAUAAUGGUGAGAGAUUCCAGGGUUCUUUAGGGAUGGGCAAGGCAUAUCACAGUUGCUACAAGAUUAUGCUUCAAUUUUUCGUGAAUGUGUAAAUUAUUGACAUCUAAUGGGUUGCCAUAUUGCAUUUGUUGUUAUGCAUAUCUUCUUCUGUUUAUUCUAUUAGCAAUAAUGUAUUUUAAUUCACUGACUUGUCCUCCUAAUACCAUAUCUUAAAUGGGCUGAGAACCAUGCCAUUAGUUCAUCUCAGCCAACAUGCUGCAGCACUUUGUCACAUGGCCUCCGCCUCAAAAACCAUGUAUGUUAAAGGAUGUGUUCGGGAAUCUAAAAUGAAGAGUGAAGAGAACUGAUGAAUGUCCAUAGAAUGCACAUUCUAUUACAUUUUGCUAACAUGACAUUCUGGUUUUGCUUGGUAGUUCCUCUUCAGCUACUCUACAACAUCUGACUCUUUGUUGACAUCAAUCAUUUUAGGAAUGCACAUGGGGUGCACACAGAAGCAACA